AUGCGUAAUAUUUGGGUCGUCCGUCAUGGUGAAAGAGUGGAUCACGUUAUAAAAGUGAGUUUUUUGAAGCUUUGAAAAAGCUGUCGAAUUGUUGAUUUUCAAUUAUCCUGAGGCAAAAAGCUGUUACAAAUGAUUCUUAAAAAAAGAAAAAAAUGUUUCUGUAACUCUGUUUUUUUACAGUUUUUCACUUUUCGUUCAAAAACAUUGAUAAAACGGCAAAAAGAAAUCGACCCGUGUGAUAAAUGACCUUUACCGAAUAAUUUUAUUAUUUCUUGAUAAAUUUCUUGAAACAAAAACGACCUAAACUUUUAGUAGUUUUAUUUUUGUUCAGAUAUCAACUUAAUUUUCUGAAAAAAAUUCUUAUUUUUUUCGCUGUUUCAGAAUUGGCGGAACACUCCAGACUGCGUCAGAUGGGACGACCCUCCAUUGAGCGAACGCGGUCUGCGACAAGCCGACGAAGUGGGAAAAUUCCUGGCAUCAGAGCCCAUCGAGCACGUCUUCACCUCUCCGUUCACACGCUGCGUCCAAACGACGUCAUCCAUUCUGGCCAACUUCCAUGACGCCCCGAACGUGCGGGUCGAACCUGGAUUUGGCGAGAACCUCAGCUCUUGCGCAGAUCCGCCAGGCCGACCACCCAUGAAGGACAUUCUGGCGAUCCAUUCUUCGGUGGAGGAAGGCUACAAGCCCAUCUACGAAGUCCUGCCAAAAGAACCGCGUCGAGAGGACGGCUGUGCCGAUCGGAUCGACUUCGUCCUUCGCGAGGUGCUCGACAAGUACCCAAACGGUGACAUUCUAAUCGUUUCCCACGGUUCGCCGAUCGCCUCUGUCCACCUUGCAUUGAUCGGCUCUUGGAAUUACGUUGGCCUUUGCACCAUCGGCAAGAUUGUGCAGGACGGCGAGAGUUUCUUCUGCGACUAUUACAAUGAGAAGCAGCAUCUCACUGACAAAACCAACUUGCGGGACCACUUGAACGUCUGACGGCCGCUUUUCCACCUGUUGCAUGCUUUUUUUUUUGGCUUUUCAACUUUUUUUAUUGCUUUAUCCCCCUUCUAGACGUUAUCUUUCUUUUUUAUUUUUUGGCCUUUUAUAUCGAGUACUUCCACUUGACGGGAUUUCGCGGACCUUCUGUUUCCAAUGGAAUCUAUUUGUUAUUUUUCUGGUUCAUCUUUUUCUUUUUUUCAUCUGAAUAAAGGCGACCAAACACAAUUGAAUUGUUUUUCUCCAAAAAAGGUCUUAUGAAUGAAAAAAAAAACUGAAAUCUUGAAUAGAAAUGUGAAUAAUCUGAAGAAGGUUAGUAUAACUUCAGAUCAGAAUUUUGACAUAAAGUUGGACUUUUGAAAAAUGACUCGAAAAUGAUUUUUAUCAGUAAAAGCUCCCAGUUUGAGAAUGAAAAUUUGCUCCAAGCAAAAUGAAUAUCAAAACGAUCAGCGGUGCAAUUCGAGAAAGAAGAAAUAAAGACGUCUUCAAUAUAUUUUUGUAGCAAUGAAAAUUUGCCUUUCCUACACAAUUGGAGCUAGGUAAUUUAACCGAAAGAGAUCAAACAUCCAAUUUUACGCACUCCUCAUUAAGAAGCUCUUUUUUAAGCUUGGUUUCUCGAAGAUGCACUUUUCUCUUCUCCCAAAGGGUAACAAAGUCCAUCCACUUUUUCGGCGAUCGUCAUCCCUCAUAAACUCUGCUCCAUUGUACUUCAGCUAGUCAGACAGCGCGUGGUGCGACUCAAAGCCAUCUUAGGGCAAAACGAAGACUGGCGGCAGCAGACGGCGGCUGUCUCCACGUUUUGUGACCAGCCAUGUGCUGGCGAGAGACAAAAUGCUUGGUCAGAGAGCCCAGGCCAACAUACAAUCGGAGCUGUGGUCAUCAGAGUGA